AAACAGAGGACCGAACCGAAGCGAACGACCCGUAGCUCGGUCUCGGGGUCCGGCUCCAGCCGACCCUUCUUCCUCAAUCCUCGCUACUCGGCGCCGGUGUCUCCUCCCCUUCUCCCUCCCCCCAAAACCCUACCUCCGGCCCUUCCUCCUCCAAAGGCAGGCGAAAAAUUCGCGCGGGCGAUCGGCGAAGGGAUGGCGGCGGCAGAGGGGGAGACGAGCCGGCUGUUCCGCGUCCGGCGGACGGUGAUGCAGAUGCUGCGGGACCGCGGGUACCUGGUGCUGGACGCCGACGUCGACCUGACCAUGGGCGAGUUCGUCGGGCGCUACGGCGACCCCGUGCGCCGCGAGGACCUCGUCAUCAACCGCGCCAAGAAGGACAACCCCGACGACCAGAUCUACGUCUUCUUCCCGAACGAGCCCAAGCCCGGCACGAAGGUGGUCACCAGCUACGCCGAGAAGAUGGCGCAGGAGAACGUCCCCAAUGGCAUACUCGUCGUGCAGCAGGCGCUGACCGCCUUUGCCCGCAACAAACUGGUCGAGACCUCUAAAUUCCGGCUGCAGGUCUUCCAGGAAGGGGAGCUUCUUAUAAACAUUAAGAAUCACGAUCUGGUUCCCGAGCACGUGCUCCUCACACAGGAGCAGAAGAAGACGCUGCUGGAGAAAUACACCGUGAAAGAAACUCAGCUGCCUCGCAUUCAACACUCGGAUCCAAUAGCAAGAUACUAUGGCAUGAGGCGUGGACAAGUCGUGAAGAUCACCAGGCCCAGUGAGACUGCUGGAAAAUAUGUGACAUAUCGAUAUGUUGUCUGAGCUCCACUACAUUCUUGAGGGCCAGAGAUGUUCUGCAAGCACUGCCAGUUAAAAUGCUUCCUCCAAUGCUAGCUCCUCAGUAGUAGACACUUGUUUUCUCGAGGAACGGAAGUACUUUCUGAACCGCCUUAGUGCUCUGUCUUUACAUCUGCUUGUCAAUUUGACAUGACACUGUUAGCUAGCAUCUAGACGUAGAUUUCAGUAGUUUUUCCUUUUCUUUUUCGACACAGCUAAAUAGCUCUUUGCUACCCGAAAUAGUCGGUCUAAUUUGCGGAGUUCAACUUAGUGCCCCUGUAUUUAUCUGAAUGGCAUGAGCAUGCCUUCUGGGACC